AUGUCUGUACGAGUCGUUGCAAGGAUACGUCCUCUCCUACCAAAGGAAUUGGAUAAGGAUACCAUCGUGCGCGCCGAAAGUAGUCAAGAUAGCAAAACACCCAAUGUCGUCCGCAUACCGAAUCCUAAAAACGAAUCGGAGGAAUUCAGCUUCACAUUCAAUGGAGUCUACGAUGUGGGGACAUCCCAAGAGGAACUAUUUUCGAACGAGGUUGCGCCCACGCUGAAAUCAUUAUUCCAAGGACUUGAUGUCACAAUCUUUGCAUAUGGAGUUACUGGAACGGGAAAAACACAUACAAUGCGUGGUGGAACAAAGUUGGCAGACCGUGGGAUUAUUCCUCGAUUAUUGAGCGGGAUUUAUCGACGCGGACGGAAGGUUGCGAAGGAUUCUGGAGAGAACACCUCCGUUACUGUUACAUUGUCCUACUACGAAAUAUAUAACGACAAAGUCUUCGACCUAUUCGAGUCUCCCGAUAAACGAUCUCUUGCUGGUUUGCCUCUUCGAGAGAAAGAUGGAAAGACAAUAGUUGUUGGGCUCUCGGAAAGGUCUUGCAAUGAUCUCAAGGAUUUCGAAAAGUUAUACAUAGAAGCCAACAACAACCGGAGCACAGCAGGGACCAAGCUCAAUGCGCAAAGUAGUCGGAGCCAUGCCAUCUUGAUGGUCAAGGUAACACAGACUACUGGCAAUGCGACCUUGAUCAGCACUGCAUCAGCAAUCGAUUUAGCAGGAUCAGAGGACAACCGGAGAACAGACAAUGGCAAGGAGAGAAUGAUUGAAUCUGCAAGCAUCAACAAAAGUUUGUUCGUGCUCAGUCAGUGUAUUGAUGCUAUUGGUAGAGGCGACAAGAGAAUUCCGUAUCGAGAAUCUAAAAUGACACGAAUUCUCAGUCUGGGUCAAAAUAAUGGUAUCACUAUAAUGGUUUUGAACCUUGCGCCGUUGCGUUCUUACCAUUUGGAUACUUUGUCUUCCUUGAACGUAAGUUCAAGAGCAAAGAGAAUAGAAGUCAGGGAAAUUGAGAAUGAAGUUGUUUUCACGCAGCCACCCAGGAAAACAGCCGGAGCUAGUAUGCAACGACAGCCGUUGAGGCCUAUCACAAAUUCGCAUAAUACUGUAGCCAACCCAGCACAAAAGGCCGAAAAGCCCGCAAAAGCUUUUUCUGUAUAUACAGAUAAAAGCAAAGCAACUACAGCCCGGCCGUCGAGCAACACUCCAGCACUCCGAAGAUCUAAUUCGAAUAAAAAGAGGCCAUCUGAUGGAGUCAUCGGCUCACGGGUUACCAAACUCGCCAGACCUGUGCCAUCGGGGUUUAAAUCGACCACAGCUGAUAUCUCAGCCGCGAAAAUUGAGGAAAUGGUUGAACGCAAAGUCUCAGAAAUUCUUGCAAAUCGCGCCUUAGAACAGACAUCGAAGAUCGCACCCACUGAAAUUAGUGAAGCGGUUCAGAAGAGACUCGAGGCACUGGAAAAGAAGAUUGACGAGAACUCGGCGGAAGAUGCGAGAUCUGAAGGUCUGAGGUUUCUGCUUAUGGCGAGACAACACAAAGAGCGUGGUGAAGAAACCAGCGCUCUCAAGAUGUACGAGAUGGCACUUCCUUUCUUCCCAGGCCAAGAGAAACUGCUCAAGAAGAUUGAGCAUCUCAAAAGCAAAAUCCAAGCAAGGAAUACUGGUGUGACGACCAAGUAUUCAGUGCCAGUAGAAUCAGAAAUGCGAAAGCCUACUGCUCCAUUUGUACAGCUGCAAACGCCCGCCAGUUCAUUUCAGCAAGAGGAAGAGGAAGUACGGUCCGUAUCAAGAAAGAGUUCAGAACCCGAUGCGGAGUACGAUGCAUCCUUUGUAAAUCAGGAGGAGAAUUAUGAGGAUGAUGAUAGCUUUUCACACAGAGCCUCCAAGUCAAAGAAGUCAAAGUCCAAAACGACAACCAAAUUGCGUGUCUUCAACGACGAAGCUUCUCUUAGCCUCCUGGAUCCCCCCACGCCUCGAACAAGACAUCUAUUGGAUAUUGUCAACUCUAGAGAUGUAGGAAUGAUCAGGGGUCUUUGCGGAGUAGGCCCUAAGAAGGCUAGAGAUGUGGUCGAGUUUCUAGAGCUACAGAAUGAGGAUGAUGGCGGUCAGAUCAAAACUUUACAGCAGCUCAGAGCUGUCCCUGGACUAGGAAGCAAAACCGUAGAACGGGCGUAUGAGGGAAUUUCGUUGCUGGUUUGA